AUGCAAAUAAUAACUUCUGAUAAAAUAGGUUUACUACAAUAUGUACAAUGUAAAACUAAAAGUUCUAUUUGUGAACAAAAAAACGAAGCUGACUUAAAAAGAAAAAUCAAUUACAUGACAUGGUCUGGGGGAUAUGGAGGCUAUGAAGAAUCAGAAAUAACAUUAUGUAGAGCUAAUGGUUUAGUUGAAAGUUUUGAAUUUUAUGAAAACGAAGAGAAUCCUCAUAUUAGUGAUACAUCUUUACUAUCAUUUAUAACAUGUAAUAAUUGUAUAUAUACGAAGAUGCUAAACCAUCAUCAUAAUUUAAUAUACGAUGAUUUAUUUAAUAAAAACAAAAAAAUGUACACAAAUUACUUAAAUUUUAUGCCUAUAUAUGAUAAUGAAAAAAUAAAUGGAAUAUAUGAAGAUUAUAUGAUAAAUGACAGAUUAUUAGUUACUGUUAGUAAUUCCGGCCAUGUUCAAGUUUUAAAUUGGAAAUAUGAUGAUAGCUUAAAAUAUCAUUUAGAUAAAACAGAAGAGACGAAAAAUAAAAAGGAUAAAAAAAAAAAAAUGGAAAUUUAUUUUAAGAAUUAUAAGAAAGAUGUACUGGACAAUAUUCAUUUUAAAAUAAUAGAAGAUAAAGAUAAUAAUAACAAAACAUUAAUGAGAGAAAAUGAAUAUAAAGAUGUUAUUAUGAAAGAUAUAUGUAAAGAAUAUCAUUAUAACAACAUGAUAUCAAAAAAAAGCAUAUUACAAUCAUAUAUUUUAAGUAAACCAAUUGAUGCUGCAUGUGUAAACGAAUUACUAACUAAUCGAUUAGCUAUAGGAGGAUAUAAAAACUGCUUAAAAGUUUUUGAUUUAUUUACAGGUACAUAUUUAUGGAAAUCAAAAGGAUUAGGAAUGAGUUUAUUAAAUUUAAAUUGUGAAACUCUUAUAAAAUCAAUUACUUUUUUGAAUGAUAUAAAUGUUAAUGUACUAUGUGCUGGGACUUAUAAUCACAAACUUAUACUAUAUGACAUGAGAUGUCAAAAUAAACCCGUGUAUAUUUAUGAUCAUUUUAAAAGUAAAAAUGUUAGUAAAGAUAAAUAUAAUUAUUUUAAUGAUAAUUAUUAUGAAAGUGAUCUAGUUUUUACAAAUAUAUGCAGCAACUCAUAUAUAUUUAAUGAACAGUAUAAAGAUAUUGAUAGAGAUACCCAUAAUAAAAUAAAAAACAGUGAAGAAAAGGAAUAUAUAAAAGAAAAAAAAGAAAAAAGUGAGCAUAUAAAAGAAGAAGAAAAUAAUAUAGAUAAUUCAAAAAAUAUUUCAGAUUUAAAAGAAGAUAUAUACUUAAAAUUUAACACACAUGAAUUAGUAUUAAAAAACUUUAAAAUUUUAAAAACGUUACAGAAAAAAAAAAAUAUAGAAAAAGAAAAAAAAAAAAUUUUUGAAAUAAAAAAAGAGAAGUUAGAAAAAAAGAAUGUGAAAAAAAUAAUAAAAGAGGAAAAUAACGUUAAUUCUAUUUUAAAAGUAAAAAAAAAUGGAAUAAACAAAAAAAAAAAAAAAAAAGAAGAUAUAAACUAUAAUAAAAAAGUUAAAAAUAACGAUAUUAUUCCUACUAGAAAAGAAGAAAACAUAAAGAAUUAUUUCAUAAAAAAUUUUUCUAAUAAGGACAGCCAAAUUAUUUUUGUCUCAGAUAAUUAUGGUAAUGUUUAUGAAUUUGAAAUAGCAACAGGAAAUAGACUACUGAAUUAUAUAUAUAUUAAAAAAUGUGCAGAUACAAAUAUAAGAUAUAAAAAAAAAAGUAAUAAUUAUUUAAUGAAAAAUAAAGAAAAAUUAUAUGCUUUUUACAAAGAUUAUCAACAAAAUAAUAAAACUCACAUGAGAAAUGAUUUACCUCCUAUGUGGGCAAAAAACAAUUUUGAUCAAUUUAUAAUUACACUUGUGAAAAAAUUCAAAAUUCAUAAUGGUGCUAUAUCAUCUUUAAGUUUACAUAAAAAAGGAAACUUUUUGUGUUCAGCAAGUUAUGAGAGAUUUAUAAGCAUAUUAAAUAUAAAAAGCAAAACAAUUAUUAAGCGAGUACAUGUAGGACAUAUAUUAACAGGCUGUUUAUUUCAUUCUCAAUUUUUUAAUGAUAACGAAGAUCAAACAGAACAUAUAGAUGAAAAUGAAUGUGAAAGUUGGGAAGAUUCUUCAAUUUCUUCUUAUAGUUAUUUGAAUGGAAUUGAGAAAAAAAAUGAAUUAAAUGAUAACGAAUUGUUUGAUGGAGAAUUAUAUGAUGAACAUGAAGAAAGUAAUAAUUCUGAUAAUUAUGACUAA